AUGACCCUUUACUUAGCAGAUUCCUUGCUGCAAUCACUUUUAUCCUCCACAACAACCACAUCCUUCAUCCUACUGACCGUGACCUUUGCACUUUCAUACUUCCUACUCUCCAAACGUCGAAAACUUCCAGCACCGAUCAUAGCGGGGGAUGGAACGACGUACAGACAUCCGCCCUGUCUUCCCACUGUUCCCAUAUUUGGAUCCAUACCAUUCCUACCAUCUUUUCCAACACAUUACAAGUACUUCACUAAGAUGAGAGAGCGGUAUGGCGACGUCGUGGGCUACUACAUGAUGGGGAACUACCAGGUAAUUUUAAACAGCAGAGAUGCUAUACAGGAAGCCUUCGUGAAAAGAUCAACGGACUUUGCGGGUAGGCCUAGGACCAGUGUCACACAUUUGAUUAAUCCCAAUCAUAAAGGAAUCAUGUUCCGCAAUUACGACGACAACUUCAAAAAGUACCACAAACUGAGUCUCGGUAUCAUGAAGCAAUUUGGCUUCGGCAACAGAGUGAUGGAGAAGAGGAUCAUGGAGGAAAUGAAGUACUUUAUGGAUCACUUGGCCAGUUACAAAGGCCGUGAAUUCAUUCCAACGCCUGUGAUUUCCAACUGUUCCAUGAAUAUUAUUUGCGGAAUUUUGUUUGGCAAGCGAUUCAACGAUGAUGAUCCGAACCUGUCCGAUAACAUCGGAAACAUCAGAAUAUUUUUUAAUAACAUUGGAAAAGUUGUCUUAGUUAAUACUUUCCCGUUUCUAAGACACUUUUCCUUCUAUAAGAAAGCUUUAAAAACAAGCCUCGAUGCAAGGAACAAAGUCUUCAAAAUGUUGGAACAGAAAAUAGUCGAGUGUACAGUUGGAUUGGAGUUUGCUGAAGAACAUAUCCAUAAGGAAUCCACCACUUCAGAGCAACAGGCCGAUGAAGAUAAUUACGACAUCAAGAAAGAGAGCACCUACUACAACCACUACCAACUCCAACCGAAAGAUGACCAGGGAGAUCAACCCACAUCCAGUUUCAUUCGAAGCUACAUCGAACUCGAAGGUCCAGAUUAUGACAAGGAACAACUUCUGCAUUUCAUGCGCGAACUUUUUCUCGCAGGCACUGAAACGACAGCCAGCACCUUGGAAUGGACUCUUGUGCUGCUGGCCAAUCAUCCGGAUGUUCAGGAGAAAAUGUUCAAAGAACUUGAGAGAGCUCUCGUAAGCAAACAAUAUCAAAAAGAAAAGAACAUCGAGCAAAAAACGAAAAAUAUAUCAACAGAAAAAUUAUUGACAGAUGAUAAAAGCGAAACUGAAUUAUUAGAAAUGAACAUGAAUUUCAUCAAAACUGCUACCUACAAAUCCGUCCUACCAUCCUUGGAAGAUAAAAAAAAUUUGCCUUACUGCGACGCAGUUUUCAAUGAAAUAUUGAGGUAUUCGCUUGUUGAUUAUUUACGUUCCACGAAAUUAUUAAUUAAACAGUAG